GUAAAGUCUUAGGAUCCUGUUGUCUUCUUUAUUUCAAAGUAUUUUAAAGUUGCUAAUAACCGAAAGCUUUAUAUAAAUUAUGACGGAGCGAAAGUUUCGCCUAGACGUUGUAGUGGACUCAUUCACAAAAGCCAAACAGGAGGAUGGUUCCAUCGUCUUGGACGAGUACGUACGAGGCUAUGAUGAACUAUGUAUCUUUUUUGAUUCUCUGGGAUCAGUAUUUGGAUUUAUUACCUCCGAUGUACGCGAUAAGAUAGGAAUCCUAAAGCACCACAGAUCAAAUGAAAAUGGAAAGAACUAUGAUAUGGUAAAGCGAAUGUUUGAUUUUGAAGUGGAAAAAAAUCUAACCGCGGCUCAGACGAAACCCCUAUCCGGAUCUCGAACUUUGCUUCGCUUACAUAGAGCUCUUGCUUUCACUGUGCUGUUUAUGAAAGGUCUAAGUGAAGCUAGUGAUAAAGAUGACUCAUCUAAGUUAGCUGCAGAUGCAUAUAACGAGACAUUAGCUCGCUAUCAUCCGUGGUUAAUCAGAAAAGCAGCUCUUCUCGCCAUGUACACUUUGGAUAACGUUGGGGACAUGAUAAAGAAGGCUUCCGGAGGGAAUGCCAAUGAGGAAGAAGCAAAGAAAUUAUUAAAAGAAGGAGUAGAUGCAAUUCAACCAGUAUAUGAUGCUACUGAGGCGUUGUACACUAGUUAUGAUUUACAUGGUUUACCAUAAUACUUUUCUGCUUUAAUAAUUGCAAUCUUUUUGAAUAUAAAACUCUACACCUGUUUGCAAAAAUGUUCACACAAAUGAAAAUCAAAAUAUUACAAGAAAUUUGAGUCGUUCAUAUAAAUGUUAACAUCAUGUGUUUAUUACUGGCUCAGUUAAAAAAAACACACACUGAAGUAUUCUCAAGAACCCUUGUAAAGGGACACUGUCAAUGGAUGAC